AUGUACCAAUUCUGGAAUGAUGUGACUGAAAUUCUGAUACUUGUUAAUCGAACUGUAUAUGGUCUGUUUGUGCCUACUCUUAUGGAUUUAUUUUUCCGGCAUUAUGACUACUCGAAACAUUGCUUCCUUACCUGGUUUGCUAUUCUCAUUUGUACCACAGUCCUUGGUAUUGUGGUAAUUUAUGAUGGCUUUGUUUCUAAAAAAGUUUCGAGAAAUGAAAUUAGACGGGGAGAAGCUCAUUUCAAUAAGUUCAAAAUCGGCUGCUCCCUUGUAUCAUAUUCUGGAGUCGUUGUCAAUUUAAUAGUUUGUUGUUUUGGAACAAAACCAGAGAUAUUCGUUACUGCUCAUGUUAUACAUACGCUUACGAAUUUUGUGGUAACACUUAAUUUCGUUUCCCCUGCUCUUGAUUAUCUAGUAAUGGAUAUAGAGAUGCACAAAAAACAUCUGAAAAAUGUGAUAUUAUGUCAAAUUGCUGGAAUCAUAAUAUUGCCAUUGCUCACUCAUCACAUAAGAACAUGGAAUGAAACAAGUGCAAUCAUGUUCAGCCAACUACUUGACCUGAAUCGGGAAGAGCACAGGAAAUCAACAGAAUCACUUGAUUCAACUUAUGAACAAGAUGAUUAUACAAAAUCCCACGAGUCAAUAGGUUCCUUUUGUGGUGUUUGCUACCGUACCUACAGUGACAAAAUCAAAACGAGAACACCUAGAUUGCUAAGAAAAUGUGGACAUACAAUAUGUGAAGAUUGUGCUGGGGAGAUAUUGAAAAACAAUUAUUAUAUAGAUAUCCCUUGCCCAUUUUGUAUGGAAAUGACACGAGUUGUAUCCGCCCGUCGACUAUCAAAAAAUUACGCAUUGCUUGAAGGGAUUUGCGAGUUGAAACGAUUAAAAGCAUUUUACAAAUGUUACCCUCCUAAGAAAGCAGAAUUUGUGAAACUGGAACGGCGAUAUAGUUUCUCUUGA